CGUACGUGUUCUGAUAACCAAUAGCAUUCCUUGGCUCAUUCUGACAACCAAUCACAGCAGCGCAUUUGUCAACACGUGGGGGGAAGAUGCUCCAUCUCCAAAUAUUUGCCAGAAGAACUUUUUUGGAGUUUAUCCACUAACCUGCCCCCAUUUUCUCUUUUAAAAAAAGAGUGAUUUAUCAAAAACUUUAUCAAGAGAAAACUAUUAACGGCUCGACAUAAUCGAUUAAUUAGAUUAGUUGUUGUACUCCUCGUUGUAAAACACCACGUGUGUUUCCAGUGUUUGAUAAAAUGCGUGUUGAUUACUUCAUGUGACAUCAGUUACAGUGGCCUGUUUAUAAUCUGUUAAAGUCGCACGCAGUAUUUUCUUUCCUUGUUACAACGUUUUUUCGGACUCGUGAUUUCACUGCAACAAUGUCAGCUGAGUUUAUUUUGUUUUAACGAGCCACGUUGCACGCUAUAGUGAAAAGCGCUUACUGCACGUGUUCUGUCAAUGUUAUCGGAGCGGGUAUAGGGAAACGCACGAGCUGAUUGCCGGGGGCACGAGAUUGUUGACCGUCGGGUUAACGGAGGACCGAGAGAGACAGCGGAGAGAUGGAGUUUGAGGAGAACGGUAUCGGGGAGGAGUGCGGCGUUUUCGGGUGUGUGGCUGCCGGAGAGUGGCCCACACAGCUGGAGGUGGCUCAGGUCUUAACUCUGGGACUUGUGGCGUUACAGCACAGGGGUCAGGAAAGUGCCGGGAUUGUCACAAGUAAUGGAGCCAGUCCGCCUACAUACACGGCCCACAAGGGAAUGGGAUUAGUGAACACUGCAUUCGCUCCUGAGGCUCUUCUGAAACUGCGCUACGGUAACCUCGGUAUUUGUCACACACGCUAUUCAACUACUGGGUUCUCCGAGCUGGAGAACUGCCAGCCCUUUGUGGUGGAUACACUGCACGGCAAGAUUGCCGUAGCACACAAUGGAGAGCUGGUUAAUGCUCAUGCCCUUCGGAAACGGGUAAUGCGCCACGGUGUGGGCCUCUCCACCAGCUCAGACAGCGAGCUCAUCACCCAACUGCUAGCAUUGACUCCACCUAUGGAGGAGCAGGACGCACCAAACUGGGUUGCCAGAAUAAAAAAUCUGAUGACUGAGACCCCUACAUCGUACUCACUGUUGGUGAUGUUCAAAGAUGUUGUCUAUGCGGUGCGUGACCCUUACGGAAAUCGCCCCCUCUGCAUUGGACGGAUUGUUCCCGUCUCUAAAAUGCACAGUUCAGGGGCCGGAGAGGAGGACACUGAGGGGUGGGUUGUGUCAUCAGAGUCCUGCAGCUUCCAGUCCAUCGGUGCCAAGUAUUACAGAGAGGUCUUACCAGGAGAGAUAGUCCAGAUAUCCAAGCACGGAGUCAAGUCUCUGAGCGUUGUCCCUCGCCCUGAGGGAGACCUCCCUGCCUUCUGCAUAUUCGAAUAUGUUUACUUUGCCAGGCCGGACUCUAUUUUUGAAGGGCAGAUGGUCUACACUGUCAGGCAGCGCUGUGGUCGGCAGUUAGCCAUUGAGGCUCCAACAGACGCAGACGUGGUCAGCACCGUGCCAGAGUCUGCAACUCCUGCUGCACUGGGCUACGCUCAGCAGUCCGGACUGCCAUAUAUCGAGGUUUUGUGUAAGAACCGCUACGUUGGGAGGACGUUUAUUCAACCAAAUACCCGCUUGAGGCAGCUCGGGGUCGCCAAGAAGUUUGGGGCAUUGACUGACAACUUUGCUGGGAAACGAGUGGUGCUCGUUGACGACUCCAUCGUCAGAGGCAACACCAUCUCCCCCAUUAUUAAACUGCUGAAGGAGGCCGGUGCAACGGAGGUCCACAUCAGGGUGGCCUCUCCACCCAUCAGAUACCCUUGCUACAUGGGCAUCAAUAUUCCCACCAAGGAGGAGCUCAUCGCUAACAAGCCAGAGUUUCAGGACAUCGCUGGAUACAUUGGUGCUGCCAGUGUUCAGUAUCUGACAGUGGAGGGCCUGGUGUCUGCCGUUCAAGAGGGAAUCGCCUCCCUCAAGGAGAAGGACGAGAGGAUCAGCUCCAGUAACAAGUCUGAAAAACGAGUGGGCCACUGCACUGCCUGUCUGACUGGGAAAUAUCCAGUGGAGUUGGAGUGGUAACGCCAUGACCAACCACAGUUACGGCAGCAGCACUGUGGGUGUAUUGCAAGCUCCCACAGCUGAUGCAUGUAGAUGAAUUCUCUCUGUAGACAGAAAAAGUGUUCAGGCAUUUCAAUACUGCCGUCUGGGGACACUUAGAGAUGUAUUGACUAGAAACGGCAUAUUCUUUCUCUACAGAUGAUCACUAUCCUGCUCAGAUCCUAUCUACCUUACCUAAAGGUGUAGUUCAGAUCUUUUGAAGUGUGAAGUGCUUAUCCAGUCAGUGAAUGAUCUACAGUAGAUGGCAGGUGGCACACACUCAGGUAUGUA